UUCACCGCUUCGAAGAUUAUGAUGAUUGGUCCUUCUACUACUACAUGAAAACGCAGAAUUUUAGUGGUGGAUACGAGUUUGCCCUAGCUAAUGAACUAGGGCGCGCCAACCUCAAAGAAAGCAAGGAUCCGCGAGACGAAGGGAGUUCGGAGCCGCAGCCGCAGCCGCAUCUAGAGCGACGAAAACACAUUGUGGACGUAAACAUAAAGUGUUACUUUUGUUCACGUCCAACACAAACCGGCGGCGAACAUCAAAUAAGUAAUUUCCCUUGUGGAUUAGUCUUUGGUUAUUCAUGCAUGGAAGAUAAACUGCCAAAUGAGAACAAGACUUGUCCUAUGUGUGGCGAGAAGCACGCCGAGUUCGAUGUCACAAAACUCGACAUUAUCCCAGACCAAAUGAUGAAAUAGGUGAAUUUAAAGGAAAUUGUUCAUAGCACAAGCACACACGCACGUGUCAGAUAUAUUUCUCAUAUCAAUUGUUGUAUCGAACUUAUAUUUAUCAGGCAGAUGGAGUUAUGAGAGGUCAUAUUAAGCAAAGUUUUGGAGGAGCACUCACCAAUGGCGAAGGAAGUUCUCUCCUCUUAUCAAACAGGACAUUGCUACUACUUUUUCCUUAAGUAUUGUACGAAGUACAGAAUUAUGAUGUUUAUUUGCAUGAUUUGCUUCAUUUAAAAUGCAGUCAUAAGCGUUGACCUAAUUGAC